GGGACUUUAUAACUUUAUUUUCAUGCGUAAAAUUUUGAUUAAUUAUUUUCCUAUUGAAUCGUUUUAUGUUAAAGAGUUUGUCGAUUAUACUUUGACGUCAUUGUACUGUUUUAUAGACAAUCUGUGUAUGCAAUAAAUAUAUUCAUCUUCUAUAUAAUGCCGCGUCAUUUUAACAUUAGAAAAUUGUACGAUGGGAGUAAUCUAGACAGAGGGAUCAUCAUGUGACCUAGCCAUACUUUAUGUUCUGAGCGUAAAGUUUGCAGAAGGGCGUACAACCCUAACUGUGCGGUGCGACAUAUAACUGCGUCACAUAAAGGAAAAAGAAAAUGAAUUCUCAAUCGGUAAUAGGAGGGCAAGGCAAUCUCAGAGAGACUUUGAGGGCAUGAGCAACAACGUUAAAACCUUAGCAAUUAGAACAAGAUAUUCGUCACGAUAAACUAAACAAGGAGGAAAUAAGUAUCUUUUUUAAAAAUAAAUAUUAAUGAAACAGGUAAUUAUCAUAUUUAUUUGUUUCUAUGGGUAGAGUAGGUUAAGGUAGUUUGUAGUAGACGAAUUGGAAGUUUGGUAGGGUAGCUAACUGUAUUAUUUCAUCGGUUUGCGAAAAUUUAGGGUUUUGAAUACUACAGCUGUGUCGUUUAAUUAUAAUCUUUGUUUUAAAUAAACAAAGAAUAAUUAACACACGGCUGUAGCAUUCCUUUCAAACAUCGACAAACUUAAAUGACUUUAUGUAUGAACCAUAAUGUACCAUUUAUGCAACUUUGCUUUGAAUAUCACUGGAAAAUGGUAACACUAAUAAUUUUUAUUCCAGAAACAUCAAAGUCAUUGAUUACCAAAGAAGUAACUCCUAUGGCAUCUUCUACUUUGACAGCAAAACCGGUCACUUCACUUUCAUCGAGUUUCAUUUAUAUGACUACACCUCAAGGUGCAUCACAAAGUGCUUCAAAAUCAGGCUCUCGCGUGACAUCUAAAACAACAUCAAGUGCUCCAGUGGCAUCGAAACAUCUGACAAUAGCACCCGGUACUCAAGUAACACCAAGUUCAAUGGAAGUAUCACCAAGUUCUAGGUUAACUUCAGGUUUUGAGACAACAGCAAAAAGUGAACAAGAAACAGGAAGUCCUGUGGCAACAACAAAAGGUGCUGAGGUAACAGAAAGUACUUUGACAACAUCAUUUAGUGUUCCGAUAACAUCAAGUUUUCUUACAUCAACACAAGGUACUCAAGCAACAUCAGUGGCUGAGACAACAGUACCAGGUGUUUCGGAAACAUCAACUCCUAUGACAACGGCUCCAAGUGCUCAAGUUACAUCGGGUUUGACGACAACAGCAAGUGUCAAACUGACAACAAGCUCUCUAGCAGCAUCACCAGGUUCUAAAGUCACAAAAUUACCAGGCGGUUCGGAAACAUUAAGCCCAGGCACAACAGCGAUUGCAGGUGUGUCAACAUCAUCAGGUGUAGGUACCACAGAAGGUUCUUUGACAACAUCAUUUGGUGUUCCGAUAACAUCAACCUUUAUUACAACAGCACAAAGUGCUCAGGCAAAACCAGUUACCGAGACAAUAGUACCAGGUGUUUCGGUAUCAUCAAGUUCUAUGAAAACGACUCAAGGUGGUCAAGUUACAUCGGGUUUCACGACAACAGCAGGUGUCAAAUUGACAACAAGCUCUCGAGAAGCAUUACCAGGUUCUAAAGUCACUUCAGGUUUUGAACCAACAGCACAAGGUGACGAAGAAACAUCAAAAUAUUUACAAACAGUAACAGGCGGUUCGGUAACAGUGAGCUCAGGAACAACAGCAAUGUCAGGUGUGUCAACAUCACCAGGUAUCGGCACCACAAUAGGAGGCAAUUCUGUACCAAUCAGUUCUUUUACAACAGUGGCAGGUGCUCAAGUAACACCAAGUUCUAUGGAAGCAUCAUCCGGUUCUCCGUUAACUUCGGGUUUUGAGACAACAGCAAAAAGUGGACAAGAAACAGGAAGUCCUUUGACAACAACAAAAGCUGCUGAGGUAACAGAAAGCACUUUGACAACAUCAUUUGGUGUUCCGAUAACACCUAGUUUUGUUACAUCAACACAAGGUACUCAAGCAACAUCAAUGGCUGAGACAACAGUAACAGGUGUUCCAGAAUCAUCAACACCUAUGACAACGGCUCCAGAUGCUCAAGUUACAUCAGGUUUGACGACAACAGCAGGUGUCAAACUGACAACAAGCUCUCUAUCAGAAUUACCAGGUUCUCAAGUUACUUCAGGUUUUGAACCAACAGCACAAGGUGUUGAAGAAAUAUCAGAAUCUUUACCAACAGUAACAGGCGGAUCAAAAACAUUGAGCUCAGGAACAACUUCUAUUUCAGGUGUCUCAACAUCACCAGGUGUCGGUACCACAAUAGAAGGCAAUUCUGUAUCAAUGAGUUCUUUUACAACAGUGGCAGGUGCUCAAGUAACAUCAAGUUCUAUAGAAACAUCACCCGGUUCUCCGUUAACUUCGGGUUUUGAGACAACAGCAAAAAGUGGACAAGAAACAGGAAGUCCUUUGACAACAACAAAAGCUGCUGAGGUAACAGAACGCACUUUAGCAACAUCAUUUAGUGUACCGAUAACAUCAAGUUUUGUAACAUCAACACAAAGUGCUCAAGGAACAUCAGUGGCUACGACAACAGUACCAGGUGUUCCGGAAACAUCACCUUCCAUGACAUUGGCUCCAGGUGCUCAAGUUACAUCGGGAUCAACGACAACAACAGGCGCAAAAUUGACAUCAAGCUCCCUGGCAGAAUUACCAGGUUCUCAAGUUACUUCAGGUUUUGAACCCACAGCACAAGGUGGUGAAGAAACAUCAAUAAUAUUCACAACAUUACCAGGCGGUUCGGAAACAUUAAGCCCAGGCACAACAGCGAUUGCAGGUGUGUCAACAUCAUCAGGUGUAGGUACCACAGAAAGUUCUUUGACAACAUCAUUUGGUGUUCCAACAACAUUAAGUUUUAUAACAACAGCAUAUAGUACUCAGGCAACACCAGUGACCGAGACAAUAGUACCAGGUGUUUCGGUAACACCAAGUUCUAUGAAAACGACUCAAGGUGGUCAAGUUACAUCGGGUUUCACGACAACAGCAAUUGCCAAACUGUCAACAAGCUCUCUAGCAGCCUCACCAGGUUAUAAAGUCACUUCAGGUUUUGAACCAACAGCACAAGGUGGUGAAGAAACAUCAAAAUCUUUACCAACAGUAACAGGCGGUACGGAAACAGUGAUCCCAGGAACAACAGCACUGUCAGGUGUGUCAACAUCACUAGGUGUCGGUACCACAAUAGGAGGCAGUUCUGUAUCAAUGAGUUCUUUUACAACAGUGGCAGGUGCUCAAGUAACACCAAGUUCUAUAGAAACAUCACCCGGUUCUCCGUUAACUCCGGGUUUUGAGACAACAGCAAAAAGUGGACAAGAAACAGGAAGUCCUUUGACAACAACAAAAGCUGCUGAGGUAACAGAACGCACUUUGACAACAUCAUUUAGUGUACCGAUAACAUCAAGUUUUGUAACAUUAACACAAAGUGCUCAAGGAACAACAGUGGCUACGACAACAGUACCAGGUGUUCAAGAAACAUCACCGUCCAUGACAUUGGCUCCAGGUGCUCAAGUUACAUCGGGUUCAACGGCAACAGGCGCAAAAUUGACAUCAAGCUCUCUAGCAGAAUUACCAGGUUCUCAAGUUACUUCAGGUUUUGAACCCACAGCACAAGGUGGUGAAGAAACAUCAAAAUAUUUACCAACAGUAACAGGUGGUUCGGAAACAGUGAUCUCAGGAACAACAGCAAUGUCAGGUGUGUCAACAUCACCAGGUGCCGGUACUACAAUAGGAGGCAAUUCUAUAUCAAUGAGUUCUUUCACAACAGUGGCAGGUGCUCAAGUAACAUCAAGUUCUAUGGAAGCAUCAUCUGGUUCUCCGUUAAGUUCGGGUUUUGAGACAACAGCAAAAAGUGGACAGGAAACAGGAAGUCCUGUGACAACAACAAAAGGUGCUGAGGUAACAGAAAGCACUUUGACAACAUCAUUUGGUGUUCCGAUAACAUCAAGUUUUAUUACAUCAACACAAGGUACUCAAGCAACAUCAGUGGCUGAGACAACAGUAACAGGUGUUCCGGAAUCAUCAACACCUAUGACAACGGCUCCAGGUGCUCAAGUUACAUCAGGUUUGACGACAACAGCAGGUGUCAAACUGACAACAAGCUCUCUAACAGAAUUACCAGGUUCUCAAGUUACUUCAGGUUUUGAACCCACAGCACAAGGUGGUGAAGAAACAUCAAUAAUAUUCACAACAUUACCAGGCGGUUCGGAAACAUUAAGCCCAGGCACAACAGCGAUUGCAGGUGUGUCAACAUCAUCAGGUGCAGGUACCACAGAAAGUUCUUUGACAACAUCAUUUGGUAUUCCAACAACAUUAAGUUUUAUAACAACAGCACAUAGUACUCAGGCAACACCAGUGACCGAGACAAUAGUACCAGGUGUUUCGGUAACACCAAGUUCUAUGAAAACGACUCAAGGUGGUCAAGUUACAUCGGGUUUCACGACAACAGGAAUUGCCAAACUGUCAACAAGCUCUCUAGCAGCCUCACCAGGUUAUAAAGUCACUUCAGGUUUUGAACCAACAGCACAAGGUGGUGAAGAAACAUCAAAAUCUUUACCAACAGUAACAGGCGGUUCGGAAACAGUGAUCCCAGGAACAACAGCACUGUCAGGUGUGUCAACAUCACCAGGUGUCGGUACCACAAUAGGAGGCAGUUCUGUAUCAAUGAGUUCUUUUACAACAGUGGCAGGUGCUCAAGUAACACCAAGUUCUAUAGAAACAUCACCCGGUUCUCCGUUAACUCCGGGUUUUGAGACAACAGCAAAAAGUGGACAAGAAACAGGAAGUCCUUUGACAACAACAAAAGCUGCUGAGGUAACAGAACGCACUUUGACAACAUCAUUUAGUGUACCGAUAACAUCAAGUUUUGUAACAUCAACACAAAGUGCUCAAGGAACAACAGUGGCUACGACAACAGUACCAGGUGUACCGACACCUGGUGAUGUUCAAGAAACAUCACCUUCCAUGACAUUGGCUCCAGGUGCUCAAGUUACAUCGGGUUCAACGACAACAGGCGCAAAAUUGACAUCAAGCUCUCUAGCAGAAUUACCAGGUUCUCAAGUUACUUCAGGUUUUGAACCAACAGCACAAGGUGGUGAAGAAACAUCAAAAUAUUUACCAACAGUAACAGGUGGUUCGGAAACAGUGAUCUCAGGAACAACAGCAAUGUCAGGUGUGUCAACAUCACCAGGUGCCGGUACCACAAUAGGAGGCAAUUCUAUAUCAAUGAGUUCUUUCACAACAGUGGCAGGUGCUCAAGUAACACCAAGUUCUAUAGAAGAAUCAUCCAGUUCUCCGUUAAUUCCGGGUUUUGAGACAACAGCAAAAAGUGGUCAAGAAACAGGAAGACCUGUGACAACAACAAAAGGUGCUGAGGUAACAGAAAGCACUUUGGCAACAUCAUUUGGUGUUCCGAUAACAUCAAGUUUUAUUACAUCAACACAAGGUACUCAAGCAACAUCAGUGGCUGAGACAACAGUAACAGGUGUUCCGGAAUCAUCAACACCUAUGACAACGGCUCCAGGUGCUCAAGUUACAUCAGGUUUGACGACAACAGCAGGUGUCAAACUGACAACAAGCUCUCUAUCAGAAUUACCAGGUUCUCAAGUUACUUCAGGUUUUGAACCAACAGCACAAGGUGGUGAAGAAAUAUCAACAUCUUUACCAACAGUAACAGGCAGAUCAAAAACAUUGAGCUCAGGAACAACUGCUAUGUCAGGUGUCUCAACAUCACCAGGUGUCGGUACCACAAUAGAAGGCAAUUCUGUAUCAAUGAGUUCUUUUACAACAGUGGCAGGUGCUCAAGUAACAUCAAGUUCUAUGGAAGCAUCAUCCGGUUCUCCGUUAACUUCGGGUUUUGAGACAACAGCAAAAAGUGGACAAGAAACAGGAAGUCCUUUGACAACAACAAAAGCUGCUGAGAUAACAGAAAGCACUUUGACAACACCAUUUAGUGUUCCGAUAACAUCAAGUUUUAUUACAUCAACACAAAGUGCUCAAGGAACAUCAGUGGCUACGACAACAGUACCAGGUGUUCCGGAAACGUCACCUUCUAUGACAUUGGCUCCAGGUGCUCAAGUUACAUCGGGUUCAACUACAACAACAGGCGCAAAAUUGACAUCAAGCUCUCUAGCAGAAUUACCAGGUUCUCAAGUUACUUCAGGUUUUGAACCCACAGCACAAGGUGGUGAAGAAACAUCAAUAAUAUUCACAACAUUACCAGGCGGUUCGGAAACAUUAAGUCCAGGCACAACAGCGAUGUCAGGUGUCGCAACAUCAUCAGGUGUAGGUACCACAGAAAGUUCUUUGACAACAUCAUUUGGUGUUCCGACAACAUCAAGUUUUAUAACAACAGCAUAUAGUACUCAGGCAACACCAGUGACCGAGACAAUAGUACCAGGUGUUUCGGUAACAUCAAGUUCUAUGAAAACUACUCAAGGUGGUCAAGUUACAUCGGGUUUCACGACAACAGCAGGUGCCAAACUGUCAACAAGCUCUCAAGCAGCCUCACCAGGUUAUAAAGUCACUUCAGGUUUUGAACCAACAGCACAAGGUGGUGAAGAAACAUCAAAAUCUUUACCAACAGUAACAGGCGGUACGGAAACAGUGAUCUCAGGAACAACAGCAAUGUCAGGUGUGUCAACAUCACUAGGUGCCGGUACCACAAUAGGAAGCAAUUCUGUACCAAUGAGUUCUUUUACAACAGUGGCAGGUGCUCAAGUAACACCAAGUUCUAUAGAAGCCUCACCCGGUUCUCCGUUAACUCCGGGUUUUGAGACAACAGCAAAAGGUGAACAAGAAACAGGAAGUCCUGUGUCAACAACAAAAGGUGCUGAGGUAACAGAAAACACUUUGACAACAUCGUUUGGUGUUCCAAUAACAUCAAGUUUUGUUACAUCAACACAAGGUACUCAAGCAACAUCAGUGGCUGAGACAACAGUAACAGGUGUUCCGGAAUCAUCAACACCUAUGACAACGGUUCCAGGUGCUCAAGUUACAUCAGGUUUGACGACAACAGCAGGUGUCAAACUGACAACAAGCUCUCUAUCAGAAUUACCAGGUUCUCUAGUUACUUCAGGUUUUGAACCAACAGCACAAGGUGUUGAAGAAAUAUCAGAAUCUUUACCAACAGUAACAGGCGGAUCAGAAACAUUGAGCUCAGGAACAACUGCUAUGUCAGGUGUCUCAACAUCACCAGGUGUCGGUACCACGAUAGAAGGCAAUUCUGUAUCAAUGAGUUCUUUUACAACAGUGGCAGGUGCUCAAGUAACACCAAGUUCUAUGGAAGCAUCAUCUGUUUCUCCGUAUACUUCGGGUUUUGAGACAACAGCAAAAAGUGGACAGGAAACAGGAAGUCCUUUGACAACAACAAAAGGUGCUGAGGUAACAGAACGCCCUUUGACAACAUCAUUUAGUUUACCGAUAACAUCAAGUUUUGUAACAUCAACACAAAGUGCUCAUGGAACAUCAGUGGCUGUGACAACAGUACCAGGUGUUCCGGAAACAUCACCUGUUAUGACAAAGGCUCCAGGUGUUCAAGUUACAUCGGGUUCAACGACAACAACAGGAGCAAAAUUGACAUCAAGCUCUCUAGCAGAAUUACCAGGUUCUCAAGUUACUUCAGGUUUUGAACCCACAGCACAAGGUGGUGAAGAAACAUCAAUAAUAUUCACAACAUUACCAGGCGGUUCGGAAACAUUAAGCCUAGGCACAACAGAGAUUGCAGGUGUCUCCGCAUCAUCAGCUGUAGGUACCACAGAAAGUUCUUUGACAACAUCAUUUGGUGUUCCGACAACAUUAAGUUUUAUUACAACAGCACAAAGUGCUCAGACAACAUCAGUGACCGAGACAAUAGUUCCAGGUGUUUCGGUAACAUCAAGUUCUAUGAAAACGACUCAAGGUGGUCAAGUAACAUCGGGUUCGACGACAACAGCAGGUGCCAAACUGACAACAAGCUCUCUAGCAGCAUCACCAGGUUCUCAAGUUACUUCAGGUUUUGAACCAACAACACAAGGUGGUGAAGAAACAUCAAAAUCUUUACCAACAGUAACAGGCGGUUCGGAAACAGUGAUCUCAGGAACAAGAGCAAUGUCAGGUGUGUCAACAUCACCAGGUGCCGGUACCACAAUAGGAGGCAAUUCUGUAUCAAUGAGUUCUUUUACAACAGGUGCUCAAGUAACACCAAGUUCUAUAGAAGCAUCACCCGGUUCUCCGUUAACUCCGGGUUUUGAGACAACAGCAAAAGGUGAACAAGAAACAGGAAGUCCUGGGUCAAUAACAAAAGGUGCUGAGGUAAUAGAAAGCACUUUGACAACAUCGUUUGGUGUUCCAAUAACAUCAAGUUUUGUUACAUCAACACAAGGUACUCAAGCAACAUCAGUGGCUGAGACAACAGUAACAGGUGUUCCGGAAACAUCAACACCUAUGACAACGGCUCCAGGUACUCAAGUUAUAUCAGGUUUGACGACAACAGCAGGUGUCAAACUGACAACAAGCUCAUUAGCAGCAUCACCAGGUUCUCAAGUUACUUCAGGUUUUGAACCAACACCACAAGGUGGUGAAGAAAUAUCAAAAUCUUUACCAACAGUAACAGGCGUAUCGGAAACAGUGAGCUCAGAAACAACUGCGAUGUCAGGUGUGUCAACAUCACCAGGUGUCGGUACCACAAAAGAAGGCAAUUCUGUAUCAAUGAGUUCUUUUACAACAGUGGCAGGUGCUCAAGUGACAUCAAGUUUUAUGGAAGCAUCACCCAGUUCUAGGUUAACUUCAGGUUUUGAGACAACAGCAAAAGGUGGACAAGAAACAGGAAGGCCAGUGACAACAACAAAAGCUGCUGAGGUAACAGAAAGCACUUUGACAACAUCAUUUGGUGUUCCGAUAACAUCAAGUUUUAUUACAUCAACACAAGGUCCUCAAGCAACAUCAGUGGCUGAGACAACAGUAACAGGUGUUCCGGAAUCAUUAGCACCUAUGACAACGGCUCCAGGUGCUCAAGUUACAUCAGGUUUGACGACAACAGCAGGUGUCAAACUGACAACAAGCUCUCUAUCAGAAUUACCAGGUUCUCAAGUUACUUCAGGUUUUGAACCCACAGCACAAGGUGGUGAAGAAACAUUAAUAAUAUUCACAACAUUACCAGGCGGUUCGGACACAUUAAGCCCAGGCACAACAGCGAUUGCAGGUGUCGCAACAUCAUCAACUGUAGGUACCACAGAAAGUUCUUUGACAACAUCAUUUGGUGUUCCAACAAGAUCAAGUUUUAUAACAACAUCACAUAGUACUCAGGCAUCAACAGUGACCGAGACAAUAAUACCAGGUGUUUCGGUAACAUCAAGUUCUAUGAAAACUACUCAAGGUGGUCAAGUUACAUCGGGUUUCACGACAACAGCAGGUGCCAAACUGUCAACAAGCUCUCUAGCAGCCUCACCAGGUUAUAAAGUCACUUCAAGUUUUGAACCAACAGCACAAGGUGGUGAAGAAACAUCAAAAUCUUUACCAACAGUAACAGGCGGUUCGGAAACAGUGAUCUCAGGAACAACAGCAAUGUCAGGUGUGUCAACAUCACCAGGUGCCGGUACCACAAUAGGAGGCAAUUCUGUAUCAAUGAGUUCUUUUACAACAGUGGCAGGUGCUCAAGUAACACCAAGUUCUAUAGAAGCAUCACCCGGUUCUCCGUUAACUCCGGGUUUUGAGACAACAGCAAAAGGUGAACAAGAAACAGGAAGUCCUGUGUCAACAACAAAAGGUGCUGAGGUAAUAGAAAGCACUUUGACAAAAUCGUUUGGUGUUCCAAUAACAUCAAGUUUUGUUACAUCAACACAAGGUACUCAAGCAACAUCAGUGGCUGAGACAACAGUAACAGGUGUUCCGGAAACAUCAACACCUAUGACAACGGCUCCAGGUGCUCAAGUUACAUCAGGUUUGACGACAACAGCAGGUGUCAAACUGACAACAAGCUCUCUAUCAGAAUUACCAGGUUCUCAAGUUACUUCAGGUUUUGAACCAACAGCACAAGGUGUUGAAGAAAUAUCAGAAUCUUUACCAACAGUAACAGGCGGAUCAAAAACAUUGAGCUCAGGAACAACUGCUAUGUCAGGUGUCUCAACAUCACCAGGUGUCGGUACCACAAUAGAAGGCAAUUCUGUAUCAAUGAGUUCUUUUACAACAGUGGCAGGUGGUAAAGUAACACCAAGUUCUAUGGAAGCAUCAUCUGGUUCUCCGUUAACUUCGGGUUUUGAGACAACAGCAAAAAGUGGACAGGAAACAGGAAGUCCUUUGACAACAACAAAAGGUGCUGAGGUAACAGAACGCCCUUUGACAACAUCAUUUAGUUUACCGAUAACAUCAAGUUUUGUAACAUCAACACAAAGUGCUCAUGGAACAUCAGUGGCUGAGACAACAGAACCAGGUGUUCCGGAAACAUCACCUGCUAUGACAUUGGCGGCUCCAGGUGCUCAAGUUACAUCGGGUUCAACGACAACAACAGGCGCAAAAUUGACAUCAAGCUCUCUAGCAGAAUUACCAGGUUCUCAAGUUACUUCAGGUUUUGAACCCACAGCACAAGGUGGUGAAGAAACAUCAAUAAUAUUCACAACAUUACCAGGCGGUUCGGAAACAUUAAGCCUAGGCACAACAGCGAUUGCAGGUGUCUCAGCAUCAUCAGCUGUAGGUACCACAGAAAGUUCUUUGACAACAUCAUUUGGUGUUCCAACAACAUCAAGUUUUAUAACAACAUCACAUAGUACUCAGGCAACACCAGUGACCGAGACAAUAGUACCAGGUGUUUCGGUAACAUCAAGUUCUAUGAAAACUACUCAAGGUGGUCAAGUUACAUCGGGUUUCACGACAACAGCAGGUGCCAAACUGUCAACAAGCUCUCUAGCAGCCUCACCAGGUUAUAAAGUCACUUCAGGUUUUGAACCAACAGCACAAGGUGGUGAAGAAACAUCAAAAUCUUUACCAACAGUAACAGGCGGUUCGGAAACAGUGAUCUCAGGAACAACAGCAAUGUCAGGUGUGUCAACAUCACCAGGUGCCGGUACCACAAUAGGAGGCAAUUCUGUAUCAAUGAGUUCUUUUACAACAGUGGCAGGUGCUCAAGUAACACCAAGUUCUAUAGAAGCAUCACCCGGUUCUCCGUUAACUCCGGGUUUUGAGACAACAGCAAAAGGUGAACAAGAAACAGGAAGUCCUGUGUCAACAACAAAAGGUGCUGAGGUAAUAGAAAGCACUUUGACAACAUCGUUUGGUGUUCCAAUAACAUCAAGUUUUGUUACAUCAACACAAGGUACUCAAGCAACAUCAGUGGCUGAGACAACAGUAACAGGUGUUCCGGAAACAUCAACACCUAUGACAACGGUUCCAGGUGCUCAAGUUACAUCAGGUUUGACGACAACAGCAGGUGUCAAACUGACAACAAGCUCUCUAUCAGAAUUACCGGGUUCUCAAGUUUCUUCAGGUUUUGAACCAACAGCACAAGGUGUUGAAGAAAUAUCAGAAUCUUUACCAACAGUAACAGGCGGAUCAAAAACAUUGAGCUCAGGAACAACUGCUAUGUCAGGUGUCUCAACAUCACCAGGUGUCGGUACCACAAUAGAAGGCAAUUCUGUAUCAAUGAGUUCUUUUACAACAGUGGCAGGUGCUCAAGUAACACCAAGUUCUAUGGAAGCAUCAUCUGGUUCUCCGUUAACUUCGGGUUUUGAGACAACAGCAAAAAGUGGACAGGAAACAGGAAGUCCUUUGACAACAACAAAAGGUGCUGAGGUAACAGAACGCCCUUUGACAACAUCAUUUAGUGUACCGAUAACAUCAAGUUUUGUAACAUCAACACAAAGUGCUCAUGGAACAUCAGUGGCUGAGACAACAGUACCAGGUGUUCCGGAAACAUCACCUUCUAUGACAUUGGCUCCAGGUGCUCAAGUUACAUCGGGUUCAACGACAACAACAGGCGCAAAAUUGACAUCAAGCUCUCUAGCAGAAUUACCAGGUUCUCAAGUUACUUCAGGUUUUGAACCCACAGCACAAGGUGGUGAAGAAACAUCAAUAAUAUUCACAACAUUACCAGGCGGUUCGGAAACAUUAAGCCUAGGCACAACAGCGAUUGCAGGUGUCUCAGCAUCAUCAGCUGUAGGUACCACAGAAAGUUCUUUGACAACAUCAUUUGGUGUUCCGACAACAUCAAGUUUUAUAACAACAGCACAAAGUGCUCAGACAACAUCAGUGACCGAGACAAUAGUUCCAGGUGUUUCGGUAACAUCAAGUUCUAUGAAAACGACUCAAGGUGGUCAAGUAACAUCGCGUUUGACGACAACAGCAGGUGCCAAACUGACAACAAGCUCUCUAGCAGCAUCACCAGGUUCUCAAGUUACUUCAGGUUUUGAGCCAACAGCACAAGGUGGUGAAGAAACAUCAAAAUCUUUACCAACAGUAACAGCCGGUUCGGAAACAGUGAGCUCAGUAACAACAAAAAUGUCAGGUGUCUCAACAUCACCAGGUGUCGGUACCACAAUAGGAGGCAAUUCUGUAUCAAUGAGUUCUUUUACAACAGUGGCAGGUGCUCAAGUAACACCAAGUUCUAUAGAAGGAUCAUCCGGUUCUCCGUUAACUCCUGGUUUUGAGACAACAGCAAAAGGUGGACAAGAAACAGGAAGUCCUCUGACAACAACAAAAAAGGCUGAGGUAACAGAAAGCACUUUGACAACAUCAUUUGGUGUUCCUAUAACAUCAAGUUUUGUUACAUCAACACAAGGUACUCUAGCAACAUCAGUGGCUGAGAUAACAGUACCAGGUGUUCCAGAAAUAUCUACACCUAUGACAAAGGCUCCAGGUGCUCAAGUUACAUCAGGUUUUACGACAACAGCAGGUGUCAGACUGACAACAAGCUCAUUAGCAGCAUCACCAGGUUCUCAAGUUACUUCAGGUUUUGAACCAACACCACAAGGUGGUGAAGAAAUAUCAAAAUCUUUACCAACAGUAACAGGCGUAUCGGAAACAGUGAGCUCAGGAACAACCGCGAUGUCAGGUGUGUCAACAUCACCAGGUGUCGGUACCACAAUAGAAGGCAAUUCUGUAUCAAUGAGUUCUUUUACAACAGUGGCAGGUGCUCAAGUGACAUCAAGUUCUAUGGAAGCAUCACCCAGUUCUAGGUUAACUUCAGGUUUUGAGACAACAGCAAAAGGUGGACAAGAAACAGGAAGGCCAGUGACAACAACAAAAGCUGCUGAGGUAACAGAAAGCACUUUGACAACAUCAUUUAGUGUUCCGAUAACAUCAAGUUUUGUUACAUCAACACAAGGUGCUCAAGGAACAUCAGUGGCUGAGACAACAGUACCAGGUGUUCCGGAAAUGUCACCUCCUAUGACAACGGCUCCAGGUGCUCAAGUUACAUCGGGUUCAACGACAACAACAGGCGCAAAAUUGACAUCAAGCUCUCUAGCAGAAUUACCAGGUUCUCAAGUUACUUCUGGUUUUGAACCAACAUCACAAGGUGGUGAAGAAUCAACAAUAAUAUUCACAACAUUACCAGGCGGUUCGGAAACAUUAAGCCCAGGCACAACAACGAUUGCAGGUGUGUCAACAUCAUCAGGUGUAGGUACCACAGAAAGUUCUGUGACAACAUCAUUUGGUUUUCCGACAACAUCAGGUUUUGUUACUGCAACACAAGGUUCUCAUGCAACACCAGCGACCAAGACAAUAGUACCAGGUGUUUCGGUAUCAUCAAGUUCUAUGAAAACGACUCAAGGUGGUCAAGUUACAUCGGGUUUGACGUCAACAACAGGUGUCAAACUGACAACAAGCUCUCUAGCAGCAUCACCAGGGUCUCAAGUUACUUCAGGUUUUGAACCAACAGCACAAGGUGGUAAAGAAACAACAAUUAGUACUUCUGUAACAUUGAGUUCUACAGCAGCACCAGGUUUACCAGUUACAACGAGUUCUCCUAUUGUGUCUACCUCACUAUCUACUCAGGGUCAAAAUCAACCUGGACAUUUACCUGCACAAGGAAUAUCUGUGUGGUUGUCAUGGAGUGAUUGGUCGCAAUGCAGCGUGACCUGUGGAACUGGAACUCAAACAAGAUACAGGGAAUGUAACAGUACUAGCUCAGACAUCAAUGACUGUGUUGGUGCUGGUGAAGAAAGCAAUGAUUGUGUUCAAUCGCCGUGUAAUUGUACCAUUGAUGUAGCUCAUGAAGGUUGGUGGCGGGAAAUUGAUGGUUCGCGCGCUUAUUACAAUGUAGGCGAUAGUAUCAACGAGGGAGAGAUUCUUCAAAGAGAUUGUUAUACAUGCGAAUGCAUUGGAACAAACUUCACAUGCGUACAAAAGGAAUGUGAAUACUGUGUUUACACAGAAUGGACAGAAUGGUCCUACUGCACUAGAUCGUGUGAUGUUGGUCAGAGGAUCAGAUCGAGGCAGCUACAGCCAGUCAUCAAUGUGGACAUGUAUACCACGUGUAAUGAAAACACGGAUAGUAUCGAAGAUUGCAACACUGACGCAUGCAGUAGUUGGAGCACGUGGACACCGUGGUCUAGUUGUUCUACUUCUGAAUCUUGUGUAUUUGGCAACAGACAGAGAAACCGCACGUGCUCGGGUACAGAGUGCGAAGGAGACAGUUUCGAAAUAGAGCCCUGUACCUUCUGUGAAGAAGUCGAGCCGAAUUGUACAGCUAACAAAGUAUUUUCCAACUGUGCUUCCCAUGUAAAUCAAACAUGUCCAGGCCUAUCUCAGUUUGUCACAGACUCGGAUCAACCUUGUGAAGAAGGUUGUGUAUGUAUGCCCGGCUACGUCAUAGAUGUAACAAGCGGGAACUGUGUGCCGGAGACGAGUUGCCCGUGCUACUCGGCCGACACCGGACAGGUUGUGCUGCCUGGUCAUUCUAUAGCUAAUGGGUGUACUACAUGUUACUGCAAUGAGAUAAGCAAACAAUUGGAUUGCAUAACUGAUACACAAUGUUGUGAGUGGAGCCCGUGGACGUCAUGGGGUGCAUGUAAUGUAACAUGUGGGUCUGGUUCAAUACAAAGAUACCGGGAGUUAACAAGUGGAACUGACUGUGGACCAGAUGUAGAAACCGAGGCAUGCGAGGUUGAUUGUCCCCCAGAUUGUGUUGUCAAUGGCAACGAAUAUUAUUUUGGUAACAUUACAUCGAAAAAUUCAACACAUACCUGCUAUUGUACGGUUGAUGAAAAUAACUAUUGUGAAAGAAACCCUCCUUCUAAUGACACCUGUCGAAAAUACACAAGGACAGAAAUCUUGUAUGACGCAGUUGGCGCGUGCCAUUCUGUGAACGCCGUAGAUGUAGAUUAUUGUACCGGAAGUUGUGGAAACAGUACAUUUGAAACGGUUCUUGUAUUCUCACCGGAUUCUGCAGGUGGUCAAUCAGCCAACUGUCCUUGUUGUACAGGAACGUUCUAUGAUGAAAAAGUUGUAGUUCAAGUUAUAUGUGGUAGCGUGAUAAAGAUGGCGUAUAUUCCAAAGAUAAAAGAAUGCUCGUGCAACCCAUGCAGUGGCACAACGUCAGUAUCCUUGCCGACAACAACUGCUUCCUUGAGACGUUAGUUAUAGAUGUAUGUGUGUAUCAAAAACUAUUGUCACCGGACAUACCCUGUGUUUAUCUGAUGAACAAUUUAUUAGACAUUCAUUUGCUAACUUUUUGAAUACUAUUGUGAGAGAAUAGACAUAUAUAAACAUGAU